AAUGACGUGCCGCUAUUGGUCGCACUAUGACCACGUGAACGGCCUACAGUGGAGGUUCACGAAGUCGACUAGGCUAUCCACGAUAUUGCACAGUCAACUGCCUAAGGUCCGGUUGGCCAGUCGUAGCCAGCAAAGCUUUCUCCACAAGGUAGACGCGUGUAACAACCAAUCACCAUCAUGGCGGACGAUGAGAGGAAGCGCAUCGAGGAUGAAAAGAAGAGGAAACAGGCGGAGACCGAGAGGAAGAGGGCGGAGGUCCGCGCCCGCCUCGAAGAGGCUUCCAAAGCCAAGAAGGCGAAAAAGGGUUUCAUGACCCCCGACAGGAAGAAGAAGCUUAGGUUGCUGUUGCGUAAGAAAGCCGCCGAGGAAUUGAAGAAGGAACAGGAGAGAAAAGCGGCCGAGAGGCGGCGCAUAAUCGAGGAACGCUGCGGAAAACCGAAGAACGUCGACGAUGCCAACGAAGAGGAGUUGAAGAAGAUUUGCCAAAUGUAUUACGACCGCGUCUACCUUUGUGAGGGUCAGAAGUGGGAUUUGGAGCGUGAAGUUCGGAAAAGGGACUACGAGAUCGCGGACUUGAACAGCCAGGUCAACGAUCUCCGAGGUAAAUUCAUGAAACCGACCCUGAAGAAGGUGUCCAAGUACGAGAACAAGUUCGCCAAGCUCCAGAAGAAAGCCGCUGAAUUUAAUUUCCGUAAUCAACUGAAGCAAGUCAAGAAGAAGGAAUUCACCUUGGAAGAAGAAGACAAGGAGCCCAAGAAGUCCGAGAAAGCAGAGUGGCAGACCAAGAAGUAGAUUUAAUAUAAGAAAGUAAACCAGUUUGAGUGCGAAAUCUCAAUAAAGCGCAGAUUGUUAUGACAAAACAAAAGAAAAAAAAAUCGAACAAAACAAAGGAAAAAAAUCAAACUUCUUCACACAUACACGCACAUCCAUGCACACAUACGAGGAGACACUAACACGAUCGCGUUUUUACAAUCGACUUGACACGCGCUCGCGCGAAAACAACCGCGAAAAAGCGAACAGGAGAGAAGUAAAAAAAAAAUGCACGUAAAACACUUUUGAUACCGUUUCUAUCGACGUCUCGCGUGUUCGCCAGCGCGUUUUCGUAGUCACGUUCGUUUGAAUUGUUGGCAAACUAGUUCGUUAGCGCCGCGGAACAAAUUAACGAGUGAGGACUGAAAAUUGCGCGAACAAUCCUAGGAGUUAUAGUCGAUAUUUGAUUAUAUUCCUCUUCCGGAGGAAUAUACGGUCAAAACGAGCGAUGUAGAGAGAAGUUGAGAGAUUCUGCGUCAAUAUACAUAUAUUCACGUACAAUUAUUAUAAAUAAAAAUGAUGAGUUAUGGCAAUAAGCAAGAGAGCGCAUGUGAAUAAGUCAGAUGUUUUCCUCGUACGGCCGAUUCCUUCGUCAUGAUAUAUUUUAUCGAUAAAUUGUUACUCUUGUCUCUCUCUCGUUUUCUAUUUUUUUUUCCCUUGUUUUUACGGUUUAUUUUCUUUCCAUCUGUGGAAUUUCUCACUUCGACAGAUCUUGAUUUUUAUUUUCCCUUCCUUUUGUCUUUGCAUCUAUUGGAUGUGAAACUCGAUAACUCAAACUGACCCAAUUCCCGAUUCUUUUCGUUCUACGUAAUGGAAACGCGAUGGAACUACGUUUGAGAAUGUUAACGCGAUCAUAGUAUUUUUUGCAAUACACACACAUAUAUAUAUAUUAUGUAAAAUCAGAUACGAUUUUCGCUCCUCUCGGCGGGCUCGUAUUUUCGUGUCGCGUGAUAAGAGAAAUUCUUUUACGACGAUGUUACGCGAGCGCAUAUUUUAAAUAUUCGAUAAGGAAAAAGGUCAGGGGUUAUCGGGAAUCGUACCAUUUCUUUCUCUCUCUUUUUCUCCUCUCGUAAAACUUCACUAAUUCGCCUUUCUCUGAAACAUCGUUAAUUUCCUUUAUCUCGCUCUUUUUCUCCGACAUAUCGCGGCGAUUAUUGUCUAAUUUGUUUCUGAUAUUCGUAUCGUUUUUUUUUUAAUCUUCGUGUUUUUGUAAUCUUCCGCUCUAAUUACGUAAAAAUCUUCGCAAUAGCGUAACCCCAGCACAAAAUAGAUAAAAUAUAAAGUUAAAAGGGUCAUACAAAAAAAGGUGAGAAUGGCUUGUGAAGUAUAUUUGAAGCUGACAGUUCUUCACUUUUAUUUCGUACAUAAUGGCAGAAGCGCUUUACUCACACAUACAUGCCUGGCCACACACACUCGCGUUUUUCUACUCUUUACCAUCUAAUUAUACUGUUGCCUUCCGUUUUUCCGCACACUCGCCUCGUUUAUCUUCUGUUCGCACGUGUUAAUUGCCGCGCACUUUCUCACGCAAAAUCGUUCAUCCGGCAAAUCGCGUGCUAUGCAAAAAACGUUAAAGAAAAAGUAAAUAGAAUGAGAAAUACCAGCUCGCCUGAAAAAGAAAGAAAUUGAAACACGCACUCUCUAAAACUAAAGUUUCGUUUGAUUACGCAAUUGAAGCUCUUUUGCAGCUUGCCUUAUCGCCGUCAUUCGGCUGCCAUGCUUCCAGGCUGUAAAUGUGUAGAAAUUGUUGUUCCGUCUUUGUUUGUUUACAAUCGUGCACGCAUUUUGACAUAUUAAAAAACUCUCUUUCAUUAUAUUUUCCGAAUUUACGAUAAAUAAAUAAUUUAAAAAUAUUUUCGCAACGAUCAAUGUGCGUGUGUCGAUUACGAUGUCGAUCAUGAUUUACGAUGUAAAUCACGAACGAUGCCUUACUUAUUAAACAAUAUUUAAAUAUAAUGUGUAUAUUAAAUCCUUAAUCAAUGUCCAUGUCUUAUCCGUUAACUAAUAAUGUUGCUCUUGCAUUAUGUUCGCAGAACGCGUCAAAAGAUAAG